CCAGCUUCAAGUGAAGUCUGGCUUCUAUCCACAGUGUCUGCUAAUUUUUUUAUAGAAUUAUCAACUGUUCACAGCAUUGCACCUUGGAUGACUGAGCAUUCUCUUCUUGUGAAAUCAAAUGGCAUGACUGAGUAUUCUUCUAUCAAGUUUCUCUACUCGUCUCUAGCAGAAUAUUUGGUCUGUUUGAGGCUACUGUCUAACUUGUGCUAUUUUAACUUGUUCUGCUGUACAUUCUGCUGCAGGCGCUUUGUGUUCCGUCACAUAAUCGCGGCCCAGGAUGUUGGAGUGAGGCACUGCCUGCCCUACGCGUUCACAUGCAUGAACGCCGCAGCUCUAGUUUUCUAUGGUGGAAACAGGAAGGACUUGAGCGUCAUUAUCUCCAACGGCUUCGCAUUCUUCAUGGAGAACGUGUACUGUGUUAUCUACCUGCGUUACUCACACGGAUGGAGACGCAUCCUUGCUGUCACCAUGUUCAUGGUGGAGAUAGCGUUUCUGGGCCUGCUCCUAUGCCUGCAGUUCGUCGUGUUUAGCCAUGGGCAGCACCCCGACGUCAGGGAUCGUGUGUUUGGCUCCAUGGGUGCAGUGACGGCCUUCUUCAUGUACGCCUCCACUGGAGACGAGAUCUAUCGCGCCCACAUGACACACAACGUCGACGGCAUGGAAAUGGCAUUCGCAUACUUGGGCAACGCCGCGAUGUGGACCGCUUACGCAUGCAUACCGGACUUUGAUCUAUUUCUGCUCAUCGCGAACGGGAUUGGUCUGCUCUUUUCUUUCUAUGAGGCCGCCCUAUGGAUCAGGUACCGGAACGCGCCGAAUCUCCAGGCACCGUAAUUGCCGCUGCGUGAGGGACUGCCGCUGUCUGAGGGACUGUCGUAAGUCUAUUGUCAAAUGUGUGGCUGAUUAUGCGAACAUGUUAGUACUGUAAUAAUGAAUGCUAGACGGAGAAGGCAAUUUAUUCCUCCACCCAGCGAUGAUUGAACCAUGCAUCAAAAGUAUUGUAUAAGAGAGAAUGUAUAAUGUUUAUGUAUUUCUUUAUCCUGCCUUCAAAUGCUGGACGGAGAGGGCAAUGUAUUCCUCCGUCACCGAGCAGAGAUCAAAACUUUUUAUUAAUAAGCAUUAUAAUGUUUCUUCUA